UACCCAGAGAAGCUCCACCUUUCCUUCUUCCCUCCUCUGGAAUCAGAACAGCCAGGGUCUUCCUUCCAGGCAGACAUCAGCCACCCUUUGCACUGGGAGGACAAGAAGGGGAAGGUGACAGUCUUAGUGGAGAUCAGAACCCUGCGGACAAGGCUUCGACCCUGACCCUUGCUGAGCUAUGGGUGGCACUGAGGACUCUCCUUCCCUCUCCUCAGAUGUGGAGCAGCCUGAAAAACACAGACACCAAGGUUUCUCCGACAGCUUUCCAGAGGCUGCGAAUCCAGAGACUCAGAGGCUGCAGGUAAAAGACGAUCCCUGGGACAGCGAAGGUGCACAUUGGCAAGGCUGUUCUGCAAGUGGCUCCAGAGUACUGUUGACCCUUGUCCUUCUGUGGUGCUGAGGAGGUUCUGGCCCUCCUGGCGCCCAAGAAGAAGGAGGAUCUGGCAGCAUGAUCCCACCUCUGUGUCUCAUCACAUUCACAUCUGUAUUUAGACAGAUGCUUUGAUAAACACCCUUGGCAGCCCAGAUGUGGUGGCAUGCCUCUUUAAUCCUACAACUCGGGGGGCAGUGGCAGGCAGCUGUGAACUCAAAGUCAGCCAGGUCUACAUAAUGAGUUUCAGGCAAGCCAGAGCUUCACUGUGAGACAACACAGAUGUGAAAAGUGAGAGAGAGAGAGAGAGAGAGAGAGAGAGAGAGAGAGAGAAGAAAGACAGGAUUCUUUUGUCUACAGCAAAAAUUGGCUAUGUAGAGCAGGUACUUACUGACUCUCUCCUGUAAUUCCUGAAUUCUGAAUGCUGAGGCAGGAAGGUGACUGUAAACCCUAAGCAAGCUGGUCUACAGAGUCAAUUCAGGAAAGUAACAGUCUCAAAAAAAGUAUAGAAUCAAUUUAACAAAGAAACAUAAGGUACCAGACUGUUGAAUUUGCCCUCAGAUUCUAGGUUUAUGUCCCAACAGCCUCAGCCUCCUACUCCUGUUCUUUGGUUGGAGAAAGUUGUCCCGGCUCAGUGAGGAAGCUGCGUUCUCAGGCUUGCCCAUGCGUCACGCACAGACUCCUGCAGCUCACGAACUUCUCAGUUUGCAGCCAUGCUAGGUUAUGGGACACAGAAGAAAGUCAUGGAGACUGAUGGAGGUGUCCACACACUACAGCACAUUGAGAACAGGGCAGGGAUCCCAGGCUAACUAGCCUGUAAUCCUAGCUGGUGCCAUUUAAGGGGAUUAUGAGGUCUGGAAAGAGGGUUUGGGGAACCAAAGUGAAGAUCCCGGCUUUAAACCUUGUGAUCUCUUCCUACCAGAGUCUGUCUGACAUCACUGGGGAAGUGGAGACCAGAACUGAAGCUGAGAAGAUCCUAGCCCAGGCCGAGGACAUCCAUGUCCAGGCGGAGUUGAACAGAGCCCAGACUGAGGAGAUCCUAGCCCAGGCUGAGGAGAUCCUAAGACAGGCUAGUACGAUCCUAGUCCAAAGUCAGUUGACCCAAGUCCAGUCUCAGAUGAUCAGAGCCCAGGCUGAGGAGGUGCUAGCCAAGGUUGAGGAGAUUGUAGACCAGGCUGAGGAGAUCAUAGACCUGGCUAAGGAGAUCCCAGGCCAAGCUGAGGAGAUGCUAACCAAGGUUGAGGAGAUCGUAGACCAGGCUGAGGAGAUCAUAGACCCGGCUGAGGAGAUCCCAGGCCAGGCUGAAGAGAUCCCAGGCCAGGCUGAGGAGAUCCCAGGCCAGGCUGAGGGCACCCCAGCUAAGGAUCAGAACAAAGACCAGGAUCAGAACAAAGACCAGACCGAAGAGGAACAAGCCAAGGACAACCAGAAGAGCCAUGAUAAGCCUGGAAUUCUAAAACGGAUUUGGCUCAAAAUCCAGGAUUUCAUAAAGAAGCAAAAAGAAAAAUUUAAUGCCAUGCUUAAGUUUGUUAUGCUACAGUUCAGUUGAAGGAAAAUUUUCGUGUCUUUGUCAUUUAUGCCGAGCCAGACACUACACUCUGCUUUAUGAGAAUUCAAGAAACAUUACUCAACUGAAGCCAUCCAAACAGGCGUAGGUAACAGUGCAGAGCCUGCCGUCCCCUAACGUCUUGCACAGAAUGUCCUCAAGACCCUUUGUAUUGUCUACUCUGACCCUCAGGCCCCUGUGUCACCUGUUCCCUGCAUGUCAAUUCUGUUCCUCUUGUCCCGUGUUCCUUAA